AUGAGACUUAUGUGGAAGUCCGUGGUGGGCCACAACGUGAGCAUGAAGGUGGCUGCAGAAGGCGAUGACUGGGAGACGGACCCCGACUUUGAAAAUGAUGUGUCGGAGCAGGAGCAGAGGUGGGGGGCCAAGACUAUUGACGGCUCGGGCCGCAAGGAGCACAUCAGCGUUGCCGAGCUGAGACACACGGUGGCCGCCGAGCACCAGCAGGUGAAACAUCAGGAGGAGACGGCCAAAGCGUCCUACGGCUACGGGGGGAGGUUUGGCGUGGAGAGGGACCGCAUGGACAAGGUGGCCGUGGGACACGACUACGUGGCUCGGGUGGAGCAGCACAGCUCCCAGAAGGAUGCGGCCAGAGGCUUUGGAGGGAAGUUUGGCCUGGAGGAAGACCGCGUGGACAAGUCCGCGCUGGGCUUCGAGUACAAAGGACGAGUCCAGCAGCACACGUCGCAGACGGACCACUCCAAAGGCUUCGGGGGCAAAUACGGGGUGGAGAAGGACAAGGUGGACAAGGCGGCUCUGGGCUACGACUACAAAGCCCAAACAGAGAAGCAUCAGUCUCAGAGAGAUUACUCCAAAGGCUUCGGAGGCAAAUACGGCACGGAGAAGGACAAGGUGGACAAAGCUGCCGUGGGGUACGAGUAUUCGGGCCACACGGAAAAGCACUCGUCCCAAAAAGAUUACGCAACAGGUUUCGGCGGUCGCUACGGUGUGCAGUCGGAACGCAUGGAUAAGAGCGCUUCAGGUUUCUCAGACGUGGAUUCUCCUGCCUCGGCGUACACGAAGACGCAGCCGGUGGAAGCCGCCGCCGGCGGCGCGGGAAAGCUGAAGGCUCGUUUCGAGAGCAUGGCCAAGGCCUCCGACGAGGAGGACCGACGGAGAGUAGAAGAAGAAAGAAGCAGAAGAAGGGACAGAGAGAAGAAGGAGCAACAGGAAGCUAAACGUCGUCAACAGGAGCAGAAGCUCAGAGAGGAACAUCUUCAUCCAGCAGAAUGUGAAUCCCCACCACAGAUGUACCUGAACAUGCCAGAAGAACCCAAACCACAGCCAAAAUACGAUGAGGGGCCUCCAGCCUUGCCUCCACGUUCAGACCGUUUCCCGGACUACCCAGCGCCCCCCAUGGUAGAGGAGGAUGAGGAGGAUAUCGGCGUGUAUGACGAAGGUGACGAGUACAAGGAGGUUCCACCAGCGCCCCCUGUGGAGGAGGAGGAGGAUAUGGGCGUGUAUGAUGAAGUGACGUCAGAAGAUGUAGGCGAAGAGUAUGAGGAAGUCGUUCCGGCGCCCCCUUUGGUGGAGUACGGCAAUGAUGAAUACGAAGAGGUUGCCGCAGCGCCCCCUCCGGCUUGGCCGGCUACCGGCGACUACGAAGACCUGUCAGGCGGCGUCCACGCCAAAGCGCUUUAUGACUACCAAGGAGAGGACACAGACGAGAUCUCCUUCAAUCCGGACGACGUGAUCACCGACAUCGAGAUGAUCGACGAGGGAUGGUGGAAGGGACGUUGCCACGGACGCACCGGCCUCUUUCCAGCGGCGUACGUUGAGCUGAUGCAGUGA